AUGGGUGAACCUGGUGCCGUGGAAGGGGUGGAGGCGGAAUCAAAGCUCGGGCAACUUGAGCAGCUUCCUGCCAUAAAGCAUGACGAGGCUCCUGCGGUCGAUGCUGAGACUGGUGGACUUGAUCGCAGCUGCACGUAUUCCACCUUGAUGGAGAUACCGGACUUGCCCACCCGGGGAAGUUCAGGGGCGACUAUCGGGAUGAGCAAGACGGAGCGCCACACAUUGGGGAGGUAUUCCCACAUCGACAUGGGAGUGGCACGUGGCAUGUCCUUGCGAAAAUCACUUGAGGGUUUCGGCCGCCUCUGGAGAUACAACCCCGCUACAUGGACAGACGAAGACCGCAUGAGCCUGUACAACAUGUCCACAAGGGUGACGCAUUUCCAGACAUUCGUUUCGCACACUUGGCGAAGCCCUGGAAGAUGGAAAAUCCUGUCCCUGUCCCUCCAAUGCGGCUGGCAUUACGGAUUUGUCUCCUGGCUUGUCGCCGCAACACUGUGCACCGCUCUUUGCCUGGCAGAUGUUCUGCCAAUGCCGCUGAUGUACCGGGCGAACGUCAUGGGCUUUGUCGAUGUUUGUCCGAUGGGCUUCUGGAUCAUGACUUGCAGCUGUCUGGCCAUGGGGCUUGGGCUGAUGUCUACCCCUCUUUGGACAGAUAGGUGUGGCCGCAGCACGGACACCUGCUUCAUUGAUGUGGCGAGCAUUCACCAGGUGGACAAGACCUUGAUGGAGCGUGGUGUGUUUGGAAUCGCAGGAUUCUUGAGCAUUUCCUCUGAGAUGCGGAUUCUCUGGAGCGCGCCGUACCUCUCUCGUCUUUGGUGCGUCUUCGAGCUUGCGGCAUACAAAAAAGUGAAUCCAGAUGGAAGGAUUACCUUUAGGCCGCUGUUCAUCGAGCAGGCCGUGUUGGCAUUGAUGUUAUGCUCGUAUGUGUUCUCCUUUCUCUGCUUGUUUGCACAGAGUAUCUUUUACGGCAACGUGAUCGUGCUGCUCUUGAUUUUUACUGUGGCCUGGCCAGUAGCUAUCUGCGUUUUGAGACUGAAUUUUCGACAGAAGCAUCAGCUUCUGAGCCAGCUUGACAACUUCGAUCUGGAUACCGUGAAGUGUUCUCAGCAAUUUGAUAGAGAUUUUAUCCAUGCUGCCAUUGAGAAGUGGUACGGCAGCAAACAGACUUUCGUCGAUUUCGUGCGUCAGGAUUUGAAAUAUGAGCUUGAGAAGUCACUUUCUCGCACGCGGCUUCCCAACCAAUACCUCCUCCUGCUGCUCACGCCGGUCCUCAGCCUGAGCGCUGAGUUCUUUCUGGCAGCCUGGAAGGGUGGUGCUCCUUCCGAUGCGUUACUCUCCUUUGCUGUUGGGAUUCUCCUGGGUUUUGACGUUUUCUUUAUUUGGGCAUCCAACUUGCUUAUGGUCUACCUUUGCGACGUCUUGGCUCCUCGCCGCUUCGGCCGCUUGGACCACCUGCAGACCGUUUUUAUCAUGGUCCUAAUCGUCGCCACUCUUUAUGUCGGAUCUGUAGAGUCUGCGCGGGCAUACCAACACAGCCUCGCUGGUGCCUUUAUUUUCCUGGGGGUCUCGGUGCUCUCAGCAGCUUGCAUGAGCUGGUUGGAGGGACGGUCAGUUGCCAGCCUCCUACGUUACUGCCGGCGUGCCCGCCGUCAUGCGGAGGUGGAAUUCGGUCCUGAACAAUAA